GAUCCAGGACACCUGGAUUCGGCCCACAGUUACAAGCAUCAGCAGCACACACAGCCCUACCGCCCACAGCCCACGAGCCGUGGGUGUAGCUUAGCACAGGGAUCCGGAGCAACCCCAGCCCCAUCGUCCCGCCCCACAUGCGGCCUUCCGGGCUGCCCGCCUCCGCCCGGGGAGCCAAUGCGAGUGUAGGGCGGGCGGGCCAGGCCUCUCCCUCGGGCUGCCGGUGACGGAUCCCAACCAUGCCCGCAGAGCAGCGGAGCCUUCCGACGGAGCGCCGUGCCAUGGCACAGCAUAGCACCCUACUGCACCUGUUCGCCGGAGGAUGUGGUGGCACAGCUGGAGCCAUCCUGACCUGUCCCCUGGAAGUGGUGAAGACACGUCUGCAGUCAUCUCAGCUGGCACUGCGGCCUCUCUGUCUCUCUGAGGUACAGCUGCCAGGGAUGAGUGUGAGGCUGAUGAACCCAACCCCACCAGCCCCUGGGGUGCUCAAGUUGCUCAGGACCAUCCUUGAGAAGGAAGGCGUACGAUCCCUGUUCCGAGGUCUGGGCCCAAACCUUGUUGGGGUUGCCCCUUCCCGGGCUAUAUAUUUUGCUGCCUAUUCUGGUGUGAAGGAAAGGCUCAAUACUGUCCUUGUGCCAGAGUCCAAGAAAGUACACAUGCUAUCAGCAGCCUGUGCAGGCAUUGCCUCUGCCUCACUCACCAACCCCAUCUGGUUGGUGAAAACCAGGAUGCAGCUGGAAGCCAGGGUGAAGGGAGAGUUGGGCAGUAAUGCCCUCCAGUGUGCCAUGCAUGUGUACCGGACUGAGGGCCUUCAUGGAUUUUACCGUGGAAUCACAGCCUCCUACGCUGGAGUGUCAGAGACCAUCAUACACUUUGUCAUCUAUGAAGAACUGAAACAGCAUCUGAGAAAUGGCCAUCAUUCCCUUUCGACACCAUUCACACUUUCGGCAAACAGCCGUGACUUUUUUGGACUAAUGGGAGCUGCUGCUGUCUCCAAAACAUGUGCCUCAUGCAUUGCAUAUCCACACGAGGUCAUUCGAACACGGUUGCGAGAAGAAGGGUCACGGUAUCGUUCCUUUAUACAGACUCUGCAGCUUAUAGUCCAUGAAGAGGGACCCUUGGCUUUAUACCGAGGGCUCCUGGCCCACUUGAUCCGCCAGAUCCCCAACACAGCCAUCAUGAUGGCUACCUAUGAACUAAUUGUACGUCUGGCACCUCCUACCUUAUAAGCACACUGUAGCACUUGGCUGAGGUGGCCAGAGAGAUAAGAGUCCCAUAGCCCAGAGACUCGGUCUUCUUCCAUGGUCCAAGAAGUGAUGCUUUUUGUUAAACACUGGGGCUGGUCAAGCAUAGCGUUCUCAGGACACAAGAGUAUUUCGUCCAUAUUUUUUUUG